UUUGGUCUCGACAUAAGCUCCAUUCAGAUUCUCACAACAAGAUUAAGAACAAGAAUCAAAAAGCUCAGAAUUUCAGUAAAGUUAUCCUCGAGCUAGAUCUAGAGCAGCAGAACCGCGAGGUAAUGGUGGAAUCAGAUCAUAGAGGAAGUAGGAACGGGAGUGUCGUCAUCAACCCUGCCUUCAGUGACCUAGAAUGUGGACAGACUGCCUCUCAGCAACCACCCAAGGUUACAAGUGAAGUAAAACGGCCGACUGCAGACGCAGACGCAGUAGUAACGACACGACGUCAGAGCUACGUACGAAUGGGAGACCCGGAGGAUAGGAGAAUGUCGUUGGGGAAGAGGAGGAGGAGCACCAAGGAGGAUAUCUGGGAUGUUACCAUGGAUCUAGAGGAGGAGGUGGAGUAUGUACCCUGGUCUGAAAAGACGGAAUUACAAAGAAUUGGCUCAGUUUUGUGGAUUAUAGGGAGGAUCCUGUUUGCAUUCCUGUGUAUCUACCUCUUUAUUAACUCUCUAACAUUCCUUUCUGCUGCGUUCCAGUUAGUCGGGGGCAAAUCUGCUGGGGCUGCAUUUUCCCAGGGCUCAAUCAUGAGUAACCCUAUAGUUGGACUAAUGUUGGGUGUUCUGGUGACAGUACUUGUUCAGAGCUCCUCUACUUCUACUAGUAUCAUAGUCGCUAUGAUCGCCGCCGGCAUAUUGGAGUUGACUCCAGCAAUAAACAUAAUCAUGGGGGCAAACAUUGGGACAACAGUGACGAAUACAAUUGUCAGUAUGGGACAAUCAAUGGACAGGAAACAAUUCCGUAGAUCCUUUGCAGGAGCGACAGUUCACGACUGCUUCAACUGGCUGUGUGUUGCAGUGUUCCUCCCAUUGGAAGCUCUCUUCCAUCCGAUAAGGUUUCUCAGCGAGAUUAUAGUGAAAGGUGUGGGCAAAUCUUCUGGAGAAAACCAAGAUUUCAUCAAAAUCAUCACGAAACCCUUCACGGAUAAGGUUAUCAGAAUGAACAUCAAGAAAGUUCUGGCGGAAGUCACAAAGUUUUGUUCGGAGGACAGUCCCAAGUACGACCCUGAAUUCUGUCAAGUUUGGAAGGACACCACCCUUAUGAAGCAAUGUAGGGAUCAACAGGGAGAAAUCGUCAAAUGUGGAUUUAUUUUCUCUGAAACAGGUAUGAGUGACACCUGGACAGGUCUGAUACUAAUGAUACUGAGUCUGCUGAUGCUGUGUCUCUGUCUAGCUGGCCUUGUUAAGACACUGCAGUCCAUCCUGCUGGGUCCAGUAGCUGGGGCACUCAAGAAACACAUUAACAGUGAUCUUCCUUACCCUUUUAAGUGGCUUACUGGGUACUUGUUCAUGGGGAUAGGAGUGGUGUUCACCUUCCUGCUUCAGAGCAGCAGCGUGUUCACCUCCACUCUAACCCCCCUUGUAGGACUAGGUGUGAUCAGUAUUGACAGAAUGUACCCGCUAACUCUAGGGAGCAACAUUGGCACCACCACUACAGCCAUGUUAGCGGCGCUGGCUUCAGAUAGUGAUGCUCGUACUACUACCAUUCAGAUCGCGGUGUGUCACCUUCUGUUUAACAUCUUCGGAAUCGUCCUCUUCUACCCAGUACCUUUCAUGAGACGUAUACCUAUAGCUGGUGCUAAGAUCCUCGGUAACACUACUGCUAAAUACAGAUGGUUUGCUAUCGUGUACCUCCUAAUUGUGUUCCUUCUCAUCCCCACCCUACUACUAGGCUUCUCCCUAAUUAGCAACAUUGUCUUCUACACUUUUAUUGGAAUAGUGCUUCUACUCAUACUAUCAGUUAUAUCUAUAACUUUGAUGCAGAAAUACGCUAAAGACAGAUUACCCUUGAAACUACAAACUUGGGAUUUCCUUCCCGAACCUCUCCACUCACUGAAACCCUACGACCGCCUCAUAACCUCGUUAUUCUCAAACUGCACGUGCUGUAAAUGCGGCACGCAGCCCCUUGAUGACCUGACUGUGUCCUAUGGGUACAAGUGAGCGGACCCCUGCAGCCCAAGAAGGGUCGUUGAAAGCAUAUGGAAAUCAUAACGAUAAUGAACUGAGAUCAGCUUGAAGUUGAGAGUUUAGGUCGGGAUAAUCAACAGACUUAUGCUGGGAAACAAACAGACAUCUGGUUCAGCAUAAAAUCUAAAACUAAGAGUAGCCGGGGCAAGUCGGGAGGUGAACUAUUGGAUGUCAGACUAGCCUAGUAAAUAGGUUGUACCAUUAAGAAAUUUAUAUAAGGGAUCUCGAUUGCAUCCGCCGGGCUCCAAAUCACACAAUGAAGAUCCCCUUUCCAAUUAACAUCCCCUUCCCAAAUGUAUAACUAUUUUAAUUUCUAGUUCAACACUGAAAAUUAGCAAUAUUUUAUUUUUACCAGUGAUCCUACAGGUACAAAUGUAAUCCUGGCCAUACGGUCUGUUCUCCAAUCUC